UUGGCUCACGAGACUAUCCAAGAUCCAACCAUGUCUAAUGAAAUAAAGGAAUUAGCAGAGAAGUUUAGCCACAUUAAUACAGAGUCUAUGGCUGCUGCCUCUCUGGGGAUGAUGUUGAGUUUCACUCCAAAUUAUACACAACCGACGGAGUACGUUGAGCCGCCUGCUGUACAUGUUCCUCGUCGUCAACGUCCUAAUGUACCAAGACCUGUGGCACAUGGUAGAGGACGCCAAGUAGGUAACAGACGGGGUCGAGGCUUUGUGGAUCACCAGUUGGUUGAUGAAGAUGAGGUUCGUUUUGAUCAAGAUAUGCCCAGCUCAUCGAUGCCUGCAGUUGAUGAUGCAUAUUACCCAAUAAUAGAUUUUGGUUGUCCAGUUCAUCGAUGUCUGCUCCCAAGGUCCAAACACCGGACGCAAUCACACGUGAGGGGCCUUUUCAGCCAUUUGCAUCGUCUGAGCCUAUUAGCCUCACAGGUAUAGCCCAAUGCUAUGGUGUUCAAACAUGCGCCUCUUAUGGGAUAACAGCUGAUUUUCCUACAUUCACUAGACAUAGCUCUCCAAUUGGGAGGAGACUGAGUUUUACCGACUCUCCCAUGGCAUUUGAUGUUGGAUCCUCACACAUUCCUAUGCCGGAUGUACAGACCUUAGAGCCACAGGAAGAGGUAGUGAUACAAGAGGAGGUUCACCAACGUAGAUCAAAACGAGAGGCGCCGGCAAACUACGUGUGGCACGGGGGGAAAGAAGGAACUAUGUAA